AGUUUGCGUGUCAAAAUGUCGCAUUUGGACAACAAUCCGUCGUUCCAGGCCAUGGUGGGGGCAAGCGGCCUGGCAGAAGUAUGGACACACUCCACAGAUGCCGCUAAAUUUAAUCAGUUUGGAUGGAGAUGCACAAAUAAAGAAACUUCCUACGGUAACGACACACUAAUUGGAAACUGGAACGAGGAACGAUUCGACAAUAAAAUUGUUAAACAGGCGAAACCAUUGCCGUCUCAGAACAACCAUUACUUUGAAAGUACAUACGAUCAGAGCUACAACUUCAAACCAUAUGAGGUCCCAAAAGAACUUAAGCAUUUAAAAGGUGAGGCGAUUUACUUACAUUCGUUUCGAACGACUCGAGCACUAAGAAAACAACAAAAGGCUUGGAUUAAAUUGGUGAAACAAGCUCCUAAGUCAGAAGACAAAUAUGGUGAUGAUAGUAAUGAUUAUGAUGGUGAUGAUGGUAUUGAAGGUAACUGUACAAAGUGA